AUGCCUCAACUCAACCCCGUUCAAGCCAAUGAUCAGGCAGUGGAAAACUAUUGUCGGGUUGGCAGACAGGCUGGUAGUAUUCGCUACACUUUGGCUGAUUGUGUAGCCGAGCUGAACACCCAAGAAGACAAAGAUUUAUUUGGGGAGAUGGGCCACGAGUUCAUGAUUCUCGAAUGCGAGUUGGACAGACUUCGCGAUGAGCUCGAGGUAGCCAGGUGGUUGAUCGCCCGGCUCCAGAACAUGUCUUAG